UCCAGAGUCUUGCCCUGUGCCGCUCCAUAGCCUCAGUUCUGAGCACGCAGCGCUCCCCUCGCUCUCCGAUCUCCGCGAGGUCAGUCCUCCAGCUGCUUUGCAGCCUCGCUGCGCCCGCCCGGAGCCGCGUUCCAAGCGCCCCUCUCCGCCCCAGGAAGCGUCAGCUGCGCCCCUCCAGCGACUCCCCAACAAGCGCCAGCCAAUCCCCGACGAGCCCCGGCGCUCCGGGAAACUUUGAAGGACGGGAGGCCGAGAAGAUGCUCUUUCUGCUCACCGAUUGGCUAGAGGCUCGGAGGAAGUCUCCAAUAGGAGCCCUUCGCUGCUUUUCCCAAGCUCGACUUUUCGCUCCUUCCUCGCCUUCUUCUAGACGGGAAGGUUGCGGCGCGCGCGGCGGGUGGACGGGCGCGUCUCGCUCUCAAAACUUUCACACCCUCGAUUAAGCGCCACCCGUUUGCUCUUCGUUUCGGCUGCCUUUCUCAGACGAAGGACAGAUCCUCGUGGAGACGUCUGGACAAUGAAUAAAAGGCGAGUUGAGGCGCGGAUCUUGCUGCAGUCCUUGGCUGUGGGCGCCGUCGAGCAAGACUGAGAAGUGUCCCCUCCACGAAUUUUAUAUUUUAAAGAAAAUUCCCUGGUUUUCUAAGCCUCCCGCCAGGAGCGCCCGCUUGGUUCGGCCAUGCUGCAGAGGAUCGCCGUCUGACCCGCCCCGUCGCCGCGAUGCGCUCCCUGAACAUCACCCCGGAGCAGUUCGCGCAGCUGCUGCGCGACAACAACGUGACCCGCGAGCAGUUCAUCGCGCUCUACGGGCUGCAGCCGCUGGUCUACAUCCCGGAGCUGCCGCGGCGCGCCAAGCUGGCCUUCGUGCUCACCUGCGUGCUCAUCUUCGCCCUGGCGCUCUUCGGCAACGGCCUGGUGCUCUACGUGGUCAGCCGCCGCAAAGCCAUGCGCACCGUCACCAACAUCUUCAUCUGCUCGCUGGCCCUCAGCGACCUGCUCAUCGCUUUCUUCUGCGUCCCCUUCACCAUGCUGCAGAACAUCUCCAGCAACUGGCUGGGGGGUGCUUUUGCUUGCAAGAUGGUGCCUUUUGUUCAAUCCACUGCAAUAGUUACUGAGAUUCUUACAAUGACCUGCAUUGCGGUAGAAAGGCAUAACGGGAUCGUCCACCCUCUUAAGAUGAAAUGGCAGUACACCAACCGAAGAGCAUACACAAUGCUUGGCAUAGUCUGGCUGUUGGCAGCUAUCGUUGGGUCACCCAUGUGGCACGUACAGCGCCUGGAGAAUAAAUAUGACUUCCUUUACGAUAAAGUGUACGUUUGCUGCCUGGAAGAAUGGGCCAGUCCUGUCCACCAGAAGAUAUAUGCUACUUUCAUUUUGGCUAUUCUCUUCCUGCUCCCAAUGAUACUGAUGCUCUUGCUCUACAGCAAGAUUGGUUAUGAGCUUUGGAUUAAGAAAAGAGUUGGAGAUGCUUCUGUUCUGCAAACUAUGCAUGGGAACGAGAUGUCCAAAAUAGCAAGGAAGAAGAAGCGAGCAAUCAUCAUGAUGGUAACUGUUGUGGUUUUAUUCACCAUCUGCUGGGCUCCUUUUCAUGUAAUGCACAUGAUGAUAGAAUACAGUAAUUUUGAAAGGGAGUAUGAUGACGUCACCAUUAAGAUGAUCUUUGGCAUAGUUCAGAUCAUUGGAUUUUCCAAUUCCAUUUGCAAUCCCAUUGUGUACGCCUUUAUGAAUGAGAACUUCAAGAAAAACUUCCUCGCUGCCCUUUGCUUUUGCAUUAUAAAGGAAAACCUGUCCCCAUCCAGGCGACGUGGAAACUUAGGGAUUACAAUGAAGCAGCAGAAGGAUGAAGGCUGCAGGAGACAACCCAACUCCUUGGGGGAGAGCAGAAGAGAAGCAUUCAGCGAAGGGAACAUUGAAGUAAAACUCUGUGAUCAGUCCUUUGCCAAAAGGAAUUCCAGAAGGCACCUUGCUUUGUUUACCUCUGAACUCAAUGGGCAUGCUUCACUGGGAUGCUAGCAUUAUGGACAUCUCACUGGAUCCUUGAUACUUGAGAAUGUUUGCAUCAAAUCCUAGGCCUGGCCAAUCUGAAGGCUUCAUGUAAAUAGUCAACAAAGCAGGCUUUGGCUCCUUCAGUUGUCAGCUCAAGCUGCUGAUCUCAGGGACCAUAGAAUCAUAGAAUCCUAGAGUUGGAAGAGACCCUGAGGAUCAUCUAGUCCAACCCCCUGCAAUGCAG